AGAGCCAGAAGAAGGAGGAAAGCCCAUGGACAUUACAGUAAGGCCCUUCUCCCUCCGGCUGGUAACGCCUGAGGGCUGCACGGAGAUCUGGCUGCCAGCAGAGGUCAGGCUUGUACCUUCCUCUUGCCGUGGGCUGCAGUACGUCGCCGGGGAUGGACUACACCUGCGGCUGCAGGCGCAGGCAGAGUUCAGCACAAAACUGAUUUCAGUCUUUAAUCAAGGUUCACAAGCCCGAGAAUGUUGCACAUUUUAUUGCCAGUCCUGCGGUGAAGUCAUAAUAAAGGACAGGAAACUCCUCAGGGUGCUCCCACUGCCCAGCGAGAACUGGGGCGCUCUAGUUGAAGAGUGGUGCUGUCAUCCUGACCCCUUUGCUAACAAGCCACUUCAUCCGCGAGAGAAUGACUGUUUCAUCGGAGACUCCUUCUUUUUGGUGAAUUUAAGAAGCAGUGUGUUGCAGGAUCCAAAAGCAAAUACCAAAGUAAUUUGUAAGCGUUGCAAGGUAGUAUUGGGAGAGACUGUGUCAUCAGAAACCACUAAGUUUUAUAUGACAGAGGUAAUUAUUCAGCCAUCUGAGAGAAGUUUUUCCGUCAUACCAAGGUCUCCGUUUGUCCAGAGCGUGGUCGCGCAGUGUCUGGUGGAACUGUCCUCAGCUAGAAGCACUUUUAGAUACACUAUUCAAGGUCAGGAUGGCAAAGUGUACAUCUUGCUCUGGCUCUUAAAUUUAGACAGUUUGGUGGUUGACUCUUUGAGAAGUUCCAGGCACAUCAAAAAGUUCCCCUUAUUCGAAGACACAUUGAAAUCAGACAACAUUUCUGCCCGGAAUGCUGUCAAGGUGCUGUACCUGCCGUGCAUCAAAAAUCGGAAUGAAAAGCUUGCCAGUUUGUGGGAAGGUGACAUCAGCGUUCAUUCUUUGACCCUGCCCUCUGCAACCUGCCUGGAGCUGCUGCUCAUACUGUCAAGGAGCAAUGCCAUGCUGCCUCCGUCCUUGCGCCACAUGAAUUCCUUUCAGGUGGCCUUUCUGAAGAUGUAACUGUUGGAGCUGAGGCAUUCUGCAUCCCCAGCAAGCAGCUGUCCCUGACAGAGCCUGCUGAAGGCCAGCCCUCGGCCCUGUGGGCAUCGAUCACAAAGAUAAGAACCAGAGAGGCAGAGGGAGAGCAAUUCAUUGAAGUUUUGGAUUACUUGAUUGCAUAUAUUCUUUACACAUGCUUCGGAUCUCUGAAAACCCUGGGCUGUGAAGAAGGUUGUAGCAGCAGGUUAUCAGCAGGUUAAGUAUAGAACUUCCAUCUCUACUCCCCACCGAGAGGAAUAUUCAAAUCUGUGCUGCGUCAGCACCACCUGGAACUAUAUGAGCUAAUGCAGGCCCAUUUGUCCCAUGUGGGGUGCAGCAAGGGACUUUAGUCUUGGAACUGAGUGUUAACUGCUGUAAACCUGAGGAAAUAAACUUUUAAAGAGCUUCUUAGGUUUGUUUAAGACAACUUUAAAAUAUAUAUAUAGAGAGAGAACUUUUUAUACCUUAUUCAGAAGAGCUGCUCAGCAGAUAUUUGUUGAAUGAAUAAUUAUCCAAUUAAAGAUCUUCCUGACUAUGCAA